GUUAAUGGGAGGAAUCAUGGCAGCAGCUACAGGAAGUGCAGGCAGUGUUGCAUAUAUUGGAUUGAAGGGGAACUCACACGUGCUGUGGAAUAAGAUUUGUAAUAUUUUUGAUGAGUUCUGCCGCCAUGUUGGGAGCUCCACCUUACUUUCUCUCAUUGCGUCGGCUCUUCUUUUUCUUCUUGUCCUGCUCUCUGCAUAUUCUAUAUAUCGUCGCAGUCACUGAUCGGGAGUAAUUAGCUUGGUUUAGUUCUUAAUUAAGGAGUGAUUUUAUGUUUAAUCUGGUUGUUUAGAUGAUAGUAGUUAUGUGUUUGUUGGAAUAUUUUUAAUUAAAUUCUUGUAUGUUUUUUUUUCUUUUUUCUAUGUUUAAUUUAUAUAAUGAAGUCAUUCUACUGUUUUUACUUUUUUAGUUUAUUUUACUGUAAAAAUGUGGAAGAUUGUUUGAUAUUUGUUAAGAUCAAUGAAGUGUUUGUCAUUAA